AUGGACUCUCGUGGAUAUCCUCUUACUAUUGAAAAAGUCCGCUAUCUCGCAGAGAUCCUCCUUGCCGCGAAAUUGAAGCCUUUCGCUCCGAAUAACGCCUUUAUAAGCUAUCGCUGGGUCAACCGAUUCAUCAACCGCCAUGAAGCUGAAUUGCAGUCAAAAUGCACGAGGAGAUACGAUUACCAACGAGCGAAAUGCGAGGGCCCCAAUCUUAUAAAACGCUGGUUCGAUUUGGUGCAGAAUACCAUACAUAAAUAUGAAAUUCUUGAACCGGAUACUUAUAAUAUGGAUGAGACGGGCUUUCAAAUGGGGGUUGCCUCUACUGCAAAGGUUGUAUGCGGCGCAGAAUCACGAGAAAGCAAUGCAAGAUCAGUGCAACCAGGCAAUCGAGAAUGGGUCACGGCGAUCAUCACAAUCAGCGCCGCAGGCGUUGUUUUACCUCCACAAAUCAUCUUCGCAGGUAAAAUGCAGCAACAGAAGUGGUAUGAAGAUAUUUCCGAUGGCUAUCAGGUCAGCGUGAGCGAGAAUGGAUGGACGAAUGAUAAAGUCGGGUUUGAAUGGCUUCAAUUUUUCGAUAAUUUCACUUCUUCAAAAACGGCCGGUCAAUAUCGCCUUUUACUGCUUGACGGCCACGGGUCCCAUUCAACGCUUGAAUUCGAUCAACUUGCAAAGAGAAAAACAUCAUUCCUUUAUACAUGCCGCCUCAUUUUUCUCACAUAUUGCAACCGCUUGAUGUGGGCUGUUUUUCGCCGCUAA